AUGGCUGCUAUUCGUAAAAAGUUGGUUAUUGUUGGGGAUGGUGCUUGUGGUAAAACGUGUUUGUUAAUCGUAUUUAGUAAAGAUCAAUUUCCGGAAGUUUAUGUUCCGACAGUAUUUGAAAACUAUGUUGCAGACAUUGAAGUAGAUGGAAAACAGGUUGAAUUGGCAUUAUGGGAUACAGCAGGACAAGAAGAUUAUGAUCGUUUACGUCCAUUAUCAUAUCCUGAUACAGAUGUUAUUUUAAUGUGUUUUGCUAUCGAUAGUCCAGAUAGUUUAGAAAAUAUUCCGGAGAAAUGGACACCAGAAGUAAAACAUUUUUGUCCCAAUGUACCGAUGGUUUUAGUUGGUAAUAAAAAAGAUUUAAGAAAUGAUGAAGCAACAAAAAAAGAAUUAAUGAAAAUGAAACAAGAACCUGUACGUAGUGAAGAAGGUAGAACAAUGGCCGAUAAAAUUGGUGCUGUUAAUUAUUUGGAAUGUUCAGCUAAAACAAAAGAAGGUGUUCGUGAAAUAUUCGAACAUGCAGCACGAGCAGCUCUUGCUAGAAAGAAAAAACGAAAAGGUGGCUGUAUUAUGUUGUAA